AUGUAGAAACACUGGUUUGUUGUUUUAAGUUUACACUAAAAUGGCGUAAAUUUUGCAUCGGAUUUCGACGUAGUUCCAUUUAAAAUGAAAUGGGUUAACAGCGCUUCUAUGGGAAGUUACUUCGGGCUUUGUUGGAUUUUGACAAUUUAGCUUCUGCAUCCCUCCCACUCGUCUCAGUCAACAGAAGAAAAAAAAACAUUUCGGAAGGCAGGCUAUGGAUGACGGAGUGUGGGUCCCCCUCGCCAUCCACAGAUGACAUUCUUGUUUAUGGCUAGUGGGAUGAAAUCAAUUCAAACCAGUCUAUGAACAAAGGCAAGCAUCAUGGCCGCAACAAACAGCCAACGUGAUGUUCCGUCCAAGUUAUUGGUCACCAUGGUCGUUGUUGUUGUGGUCGUACUUCAAGUCGCUUCGACAACCGGACUCCUUGUCUUAUUAAACAUGUCCGUUGAUCAGGUAAGGAGUCAGGGGGUGGAGGAGGAGUUGCGUUGCCUGGGGCUCCUGAAUGCCCUGGAGAAAGACCAAGAAGUACCAGACUCUUUGGCCCAACUGUUUGGGGAGCCCUGCAUAAAACUGGCCAUGGAAAUCAGGGCCUAUAUCACCAAGGUGACGGAAAGUAUUGUUUCCAAACACGCAUUCCCAGAGCCCAGAGCCGAUCCACAAACCACACCAGUCAUCUCUGCUGGUUAUCAGAAGCCAUCCGCCCACCUGACACUACGAGACAAUGGCUUACAGGGCCCCAUAUCCCUGACCCCCCAGAAAGACCUGCACCAAUCCUGCCGCCACCCGGUCUGGUCCUGGGGCAACCAGAGCUUCAGUUCCCACCUCCGCAACAUGACCUUGUCUCACGGACGACUCCGCAUCCCCCGCUCCGGACGCUAUUACCUGUAUUCCCAGGUGUACUUCCGCUACCCGUCCCUCAGCCACGACCACCAGGGGGCCACCUCCAGCUACCAACUGGUCCAGUGCGUCUACAAGAAGACGUCCUACGCCAAACCCAUUCAGCUACUCAAGGGAGUGGGCACAAAGUGCUGGGCGCCGGACACUCACCACGCCCUCCAAUCUGUCCACCAGGGGGGCCUGUUCGAGCUAAAGACUGGAGAUGAGGUCUUCGUCUCGGUGUCGUCGCCUAUAGCCGUUCGCACAGAGGACUCGUCCAGCUAUUUCGGGGCGUUCCUGUUUGACCCGUGAGGUGGAUGGUCAUGAAAGACAAUACAUGGCCGUUGACCAUUUUAGUACAAGGCUACAGACUUUAAAUCAGCGUGGUUAUGCCACUAGCCGCAGACAGAGCACACGUAAUUUAUAAAACUGUUUCAAAGUCGGCUUGGCAUUAAUGACUCUACAUUAGAGUGGAGUGAUAGGCCAACUGGCGUCCCACUUCAGCUGGUUCAAGUGUACACAUCUUUGACAAGUUUUUACAAAGGUGUCUUGAUUGCAACUGUAUUGCAAAACACAUCUUAAUGUGGAACCUCUUAAUACGGUCAGAUGUAAAAGUAUUCAGUAGAAAUCGGUUUCUUGAAAGGCAAAAGCAAUGGUUCUCUAUUUCAGAGCGAACAGCGUUUUCUUCUGUAACACUAGAUCAUGCAUAGCUAAUUUUAAAGUAUCUAUGAGUUAAUACCCAUUUAGACAGACAUAGAUCAGGGGAGAUUAAGAAAUAAUUUCAUGCCACUUAAUUUCAUUAUGAGAAUGAUCUAGUACAGUUAAUAAUCAAAUCACAGAGACACUGCUAGUAUUUGUCCAUCAUUCCUAAAUGAGCUUCCAGAGUGAAUGGAACUGCUUUGUAAUCUGAUUCACACAAUGUUUACCACAUUUACCAUUUGAACUCAAGUGUCUAAGCAGGUUUGUAGAAAACAGUUGAUAUAUUUUGCCAUAAAAGUUGUUCCAAAUUG